CAACACGGCCGAGUUAGAACGGUGCCCUACGAACCAAACCAAGAAGUAGCUGGCGCGCCCGGCGAUCGCCGUCGAGGCCAGGCGCAGUGUGCAUCGGAAUACUAGGGCGACUUACGGAGGCUUCUCCGAUUCCGAGGAGUGAAACCUGAAACUAGGCAGAUGCGGAGGAAUCAUUUCGGCAAGUUUCUCGCGCUCUGCUUCUCCAAGCGAUGCAACUCAUCCCCCAUUGCCUCCUCCCCUUUCCAUGGCUGCUCCAUUCCUCACUCCUACCGAGCUUCUCCUUUCCCGCGUUCGCCGCGUCCCGACGCCGACCCGCCGAUCGCUUCCGCCUUCGCCCCUGGCGGCCUCCGUCUUUUCUCGCAGCCACCGAAGGCGGUCCCUUUCUGUGCGUCGACUCUCGUUGGCCUCAAGGGUCUCGUCGUAGAGGGUGCCUGUGCGCUCAAGAUCUCCUUCCAGAGGCGGUCCGGGUUUGAUCCCAAGCGUCUCCUCUCCUUGCCGCAGCAGUUUCUCUGGAAAAGAUUUAUGCCUGUUGGCCAUGGAGACGAAGUUGUUUAUGGCCUUCUUGGAGCUAAUGUUGCUGUUUUUUUGUUAUGGAGGAUUGUUGAUCCUUCAUUCAUGGGGAAGCAUUUUAUGAUUUCUCUUGAUAACUUCAAAAGCGGUCGCUUGCACACGUUGAUUACUAGUGCAUUCAGUCAUUCUGAUUUCCACCACCUCCUGACUAAUAUGAUUGGUCUUUACUUCUUUGGCCCAAGUAUUGUCAGCCUAUUUGGUCCUGAAUUUUUGCUGAAGUUAUACUUAGGAGGUGCAUUAGGUGGAUCAGUUUUUUACUUAGCACACAAGGCAUUCAUGGUGCCAUCUUCGAAGGGUUAUCGAGGAUGGGAUGAAUCAAGAAUUCCAGGACUGGGUGCAAGUGCUGCUGUAAAUGCUAUAAUUCUUCUUCAUGUGUUUCUCUUCCCUAAAAAUAUUUAUUAUGUAAAUCUCAUUAUACCUGUUCCUGCAGCACUGUUGGGAGCAUUCUUGAUUGGAAGCGACCUAUGGAGGAUCAAGAAGGGAGAGGAACACAUUUCAGGCGCUGCUCAUUUGGGGGGUGCCGUGGUGGCUGCGUUGGUAUUUGCUAGAAUUAAGCGCUGGAUUUGAUCAGGAGAAUGCCCUUCAAAAUCCUCUCUCUUGUUUUCAGUUUUUAUGCAUUUUAAAAAAUCCUGAUGCAUGCGUAUAGGUAGUGCAUGACACUGCCAGUAACUAUAAUGCUCAUCCAUUUGUUUUCAUGAGAUUAAAUAGCAAGAACACAUCUGAUAUUGUUUAUGCAAGGAAUUCUCAGGGAAUAGAAUGGAGGACUAGAAUAAAAAUACUUUUUAUUUGGUUA